AUGGGAACUCCUCACAGACUAUACGCCAAAGCCCGCAUAAUGGGUCACAAGAGGGCAAAAAGGAACAGUACAGAACAUACAUCACUCCUCCAACUGGAAGGUGUGAAUACUGCCCAAGAUUCAGCCUUUUAUCUAGGAAAGCGAGUCGUAUUUGUAUACCGCGCCAAAAAAAUCAUCAAUGGAUCCAAGAUUCGAUGUAUUUGGGGCCGUGUUAUGAGGCCGCAUGGAAACUCGGGAAUUGUCAAGGCCAAAUUCAGAAGCAACUUGCCACCAAAGGCUUUUGGUGCUAGUGCUCGAGUGAUGUUGUAUCCUUCAACUGUAUAA